GGACUGGUGGACAGCAUCGACCUGGGUGGGUCACGGCUGUGUGUUGCGGACCGACGGCGGAAUCGAGCAGGACCACAUGGGGACAUGUCAGAAAGUUCUUCAGAUGUGAACACCUUCAGUGCAGGCAGCCUUCCCAAAUCCUACUCGUCCCGCUACUCUGAGCUCGGUGUGGCCCACUUACCUGCUUCUGCGCGCCACGGUUCUGAUUCUGGACUAGGAUCCACACCUCUUCCGUCCAGCCGCUUCCGCUUCGUGUCAUGGCAUCACCUGGCCCACUGCCACCUGACCGGGGACCAGCUCACCUGUCCCAGGGUCCGAGAAGGUCCAAGCGCUGAUGAGCUCUUCGAUGAAGAGGCAGCUGGUGAGCAGAGGAUGAGGACGAGGACGAGGAUGAGGACGAGGACGAGGAGAGAGGAGGAAGGACCGAGUUGGGAGGAGAGAAGACAAGAGAAUUGGGAAAACUGUCGGGAGUUAAAUCUGUCCUACCAGGACCUGGGCGACCCGUUCCAGCGGGAGAACUUCCUCCGCAUCCUGCGCCGCUUGAUCCGCGUGGAGCGACUGCAGCUGGUGGACAAUUCUCUCAGCAACCUGACUUCGGUCCGCCUGCCAAGGUGCAAAGUCCUCAACCUGCAGCGGAACCAGCUGGUGUGUCUGCUCCACCUGCCAAAGCUGCCAGCUGUGGAGCAGCUGUGUCUGGCCGAGAACGCCAUCGCCUCUCUGGGGGGACUGGACACCCUGAGGAACAGUCCUCUGCGCUCCCUCAACCUCGCACUCAACCCCGUCGCCUUCGCUCAGGACUACCGUGCACGUGUUUUCUCCUGCUUGCCAAACCUUGAGAUCCUGGAUGGAAUCCCUAAACUGCCAGAAGACAAUCUCCGCACUGGAUUUCGUUUCCCACAAAUCAGCAGAAUGUGCAACAUUUUGUGACUUUUUUUUGUGCUCCUUUCAUCCAAGUUUUUAACCUUAAACGUGCCACACUGUUGCCAAAGAACUGACCCAACACCCCCAAAACACAGCAGCAUGAUACUGCAGUUUGCCGGGUGACGAAGUAUUGAUUGCCAUGUCUUGUUUAAACAUUUCAUGCCGACAACAACAAAAUGAGAAUAUGCGAUUAUGACGAUCAUAGAUGUAAUAAUUGCUUGUGAGUCUGUCGAGCACAUGGAGGUCACAGGCAGCGACUUCUUAGCACAAAUUGAUUGAAAGCAGUGUGAAAAUAUUAAUUCCACUAUAUAUUUUGGUUUUAAUUCAGUUUCAUAAAUCUAAGAUUAUAAUAUACUGUAUAGUGAAAAAAUGUGUUAAAAGAAAAGUUUUUGAAAAUAAACUAUGAAAAAAAGUUUAUGAUUUAUUUUUCUUACUCUCCAUGUUGUUACAUUUGAUCACUUUUCUAUAAGAAACUUGCACAAGGAAGAAAUGCGUGCAUUGUUGUGUGGCGUUUUUGGAGCAAUUUCAGCAUGAAGAAUAUUGAUAAAGGAGGUGAAUAAAUCUAAAUCCCCUAAAGGCUGCAUAUUCCAUAGUGAUGAUACUGUCCAUGAAUACAUGCCUUAAUGUUAAUCAGAUCUGUUCUCUCAAAUAAGUCCAACAUCUCCAUUCUUUCCGGCUUUAACUCCUUGAAAAAAAAUGGUGUCGUUUUUAUAUACCAAACAAAAAAUGUAUCUGAUUUGAAUUAAAAUAAAAAUAAUGUUAACCCAAAAAUAUUUUUGGUUGCGAUUAAUUUUUAGGAGGUUGGAAAGAAUGUUUUUGGGUGCAUAUGUUUAAUUUUUUUGUGUACGUUUGCAAUUCAACUUCCAUCUUGUGUUGCAAUGGAGAAAAUUGUGUGUCCUU